AUUGAUGAGUGCCAGGUCUAUAACGGGGGCUGCCAGCACAGAUGCGUGAACACCAGGGGCUCCUACCAUUGUGAAUGCAACCCAGGCUCUCGACUCCAUGUGGAUGCACGCACCUGCAUUGGUGAGUAACAACAGCAACCAAUGGCCAAUUAACCUGAUAACCCUAUUGUUAUACAACAUCAUCAUGAUAUACAAACCACAAACAUAUUGUGUCAUUCUAGUCAGUGGAAGCUUUUGGAAAACCCAGGGCAAGGUAGGAGUUAGUAUAGGCCUGAGGAACUACAGUAUAGAAAGGUCUCAGUUUAGUUGAAAAGCUAAUCCUUCUCUACAUUUGAUUCUGUCAGUGUGGUAUUUAAAGUAUUAGGCAAUCUCACAGAGGCUUCUUGCCUAACACAGUGUGGGAUCCAGUUACUCUCCAACUCUCCCGUCCGUGUGUUUACGUUGUACCUGUAACUUGUCUCUAUCAUCGCCAAGAUGCACGAAUCCGGCUGUUAGUACAGCCCCAAGGCUUUUAAAAACAGCUGUUAGUACAGCCCCAAGGCUUUUAAAAACAGCUGUUAGUACAGCUCCAAGGCUUUUAAAAACAGCUGUUCGCACACCAGUAUAAAACUCAAUCUCAACGCACACAGCAAGGAAUGUACACAGAGCGUCUUUUCUGACAUCGAGAAUGGAAAUGUAUGCUGCUUUUCUUAGCUUUGGCACAAUGUACAGUGGGGAGAACAAAUAUUUGAUACACUGCCGAUUUUGCAGGUUUUCCUACUUACAAAGCAUAUAGAGGUCUGUAAUUUUUAUCAUAGGUACACUUCAACUGUGAGAGACGGAAUCUAAAACAAAAAUCCAGAAAAUCACAUUGUAUGAUUUUUAAGUAAUUAAUUUGCAUUUUAUUGCAUGACAUAAGUAUUUGAUACAUCAGAAAAGCAGAACUUAAUAUUUGGUACAGAAACCUUUGUUUGCAAUUACAGAGAUCAUACGUUUCCUGUAGGUCUUGACCAGGUUUGCACACACUGCAGCAGGGAUUUUGGCCCACUCCUCCAUACAGACCUUCUCCAGAUCCUUCAGGUUUCGGGGCUGUCGCUGGGCAAUACGGACUUUCAGCUCCCUCCAAAGAUUUUCUAUUGGGUUCAGGUCUGGAGACUGGCUAGGCCACUCCAGGACCUUGAGAUGCUUCUUACGGAGCCACUCCUUAGUUGCCCUGGCUGUGUGUUUCGGGUCGUUGUCAUGCUGGAAGACCCAGCCACGACCCAUCUUCAAUGCUCUUACUGAGGGAAGGAGGUUGUUGGCCAAGAUCUCGCGAUACAUGGCCCCAUCCAUCCUCCCCUCAAUACGGUGCAGUCGUCCUGUCCCCUUUGCAGAAAAGCAUCCCCAAAGAAUGAUGUUUCCACCUCCAUGCUUCACGGUUGGGAUGGUGUUCUUGGGGUUGUACUCAUCCUUCUUCUUCCUCCAAACACGGCGAGUGGAGUUUAGACCAAAAAGCUCUAUUUUUGUCUCAUCAGACCACAUUACCUUCUCCCAUUCCUCCUCUGGAUCAUCCAGAGGGUCAUUGGCAAACUUCAGACGGGCCUGGACAUGCGCUGGCUUGAGCAGGGGGACCUUGCGUGCGCUGCAGGAUUUUAAUCCAUGACGGCGUAGUGUGUUACUAAUGGUUUUCUUUGAGACUGUGGUCCCAACUCUCUUCAGGUCAUUGACCAGGUCCUGCCGUAUAUUUCUGGGCUGAUCCCUCACCUUACUCAUGAUCAUUGAUGCCCCACGAGGUGAGAUCUUGCAUGGAGCCCCAGACCGAGGGUGAUUGACCGUCAUCUUGAACUUCUUCCAUUUUCUAAUAAUUGCGUCAACAGUUGUUGCCUUCUCACCAAGCUGCUUGCCUAUUGUCCUGUAGCCCAUCCCAGCCUUGUGCAGGUCUACAAUGUUAUCCCUGAUGUCCUUACACAGCUCUCUGGUCUUGGCCAUUGUGGAGAGGUUGGAGUCUGUUUGAUUGAGUGUGUGGACAGGUGUCUUUUAUACAGGUAACGAGUUCAAACAGGUGCAGUUAAUACAGGUAAUGAGUGGAGAACAGGAGGGCUUCUUAAAGAAAAACUAACAGGUCUGUGAGAGCCGGAAUUCUUACUGGUUGGUAGGUGAUCAAAUACUUAUGUCAUGCAAUAAAAUGCAAAUUAUUUACUUAAAAAUCAUACAAUCUGAUUUUCUGGAUUUUUGUUUUAGAUUCCGUCUCUCACAGUUGAAGUGUACCUAUGAUAAAAAUUACAGACCUCUACAUGCUUUGUAAGUAGGAAAACCUGCAAAAUCGGCAGUGGAUCAAAUACUUGUUCUCCCCACUGUAUAUUAUAUUAGUAUAGGAAUGAGAGAGGAUGGGAACUGUGCUCUACUCUACUGGGUCAGAGCAGAACAAUUCACUGAGGUGUUAAGCACAGUGUUUGUGUUGGUAGCACUUCUUAGCUUGCAGCCUUUCAGAAACAGCAAAGGAUGUAGAGUGAAGGGUUACUGUGAAAAUGCAAUGGAUCUUCUCCCUCAAUAUAAAAAAAAUUAUUGUAUCUGUCUGUCUGUCUGUGUCCAGCUGUCCAAUCAUGUGGCAUCAGUAAUGGAGGAUGUGAGCAUUUCUGUGUACAGCAGUCCCCUACUGCCAUCCGCUGCCGCUGUAGAGCCAACUAUGUGCUUGCUGAGGACGGAAAGCACUGCAAACGUGAGUAUCCCCAUCCUCUGGUCUUUCUACACUACUGUGCACCCAACAGCACUCACAUACUCACUCACAGAUUAAUAAAUCUAUCCAAGCACCUGCCAAAUACUGAAAUACCCUCCAGGUGAAAAUAACAUUUCAACCAAUUAAAAACAAAUAAGUAACAAGCUCCCACAUCACAUUUAAUGCAGUUUCCUUUCACUCUCCCAGUGUACCGUUGGAUCUCAGGUCUGACAUGGGAAACUGCAGAUUAAGUAUGUUUAGUAGAAAGACUGCAUAGUGGGCAAGUUGACAGGCUGUGAUGUCACACAUUUUGUUGCAAUGUGGUUUUCUCUUUUUCACCACAAAUAUAGGCUACAUUACUGAUCGUGACACUGAGUGAAGUGCACACUGUCUUUGGCUGAAGUAACCAUGAGUGCAGAGAGAAAGAGCAACUUUCAGUUAUGUUGAGUGACGGGCAGCUAAGAGAGACAGCAGCCUGAUACAGACAUGAAACUAAUUGGGACAUGUAACUCAGAAAGACAUCUAGAUAAUAAUAAAUAUGUAUAACCAUGCAUGCAGGAGCUUUAAGCUGUAACUAUACAAUUGCAACAUUUCUAUGGAUGUAAUGGAUAGACGGAGAGGGGAGAGUGUAGGCAUGAUACAAGCACGACAGCAUUCAGAGAGUUGAGGGAUUUGUGAAUCCAAGGUGUCCUUUUGAAGGGUUUAUCAUAACACUAUAGAUUCAUAGCUGCCAAUAGUUCAUGUCCAACAGGAUGUCUGAGGAAGGGUACUAAUCAGGAGAUGAGACCUUAAAUUAGUGUGAAUACGACCCUGAUUUGAAGGGUUGUUUCCUGUUUUUUUCAACAUUAGUUCACAUUAUUCUCUGGCAACCCAAGACUCAGCCAUGGAAUUUCUCUCUCUCUCUCUCUCUCUCUCUCUCUCUCUCUCUCUCUCUCUCUCUCUCUCUCUCUCUCUCUCUCUCUCUCUCUCUCUCUCUCUCUCUCUCUCUCUCUCUCUCUCUCUCUUCAAUUCAAUUGACUUUAUUGACAUGGCAGGUUAAAUUACUUACAUUAUCAAAGUAUACAUAUAACAAAAAUGGUGGGACCAACAGCAAUAAUAAUAGUAGUAGUGGAAAUGGGAUUACCAUUAACAGCAACAACAAUAUUAAUGAGAAUAACAAUACAUUAAAGCAAUAGUAGUCGACCAGUCUCAACAUGACUGAGAAGACACAUUACAUGGUAUGAAAGCCAAAACAAAACAGGAAAUAUUAUUGACAUUACAUUACACUUUUCACUGGCUGUCCCUCAGGUUGUGGCAGGAGGACACAUAUUUGGAUGCCAAAAUUGCAUAUUUUGGCUUUUCACAUAAUAAAUAUUAGAUUUUUCUUCCUAUUUUAUAGUUUCAAAUUCUUUGUACUGAAUGAUAAUUUUGGGAAAGAAAGAUUCUCUUAGGUCUGAGUAUUUGUCACAGUGUAAUAGGAAAUGCAGCUCUGUCUCUACCUCUCCCCGGGGGAAGAGUGAGCACAGCCUGUCAUCUCUGGGCAGCCAGGUUUGCCUGUGACGACCGGUCUCUAUAGCCAGACUGCUCACUGAGUCUGUACUAAUCAUUGUUUUCCUCAGUUUUCUAUCAGUCACAGUGGUCAGAUAGUCUGCCACCAUGUACUGUCUGUUUAGAGCCAAAUAGCAUUGAAGUUUACUUUGAUUUUUUGUGGUGUUUUUCCAAUAGGUGAUAUAUUUUUCUUUUUGCUUUGUGAUGAUUUGGUUGGGCCAGAUUUUCUGAGUGCUGUCCUGAGGCUCUAUGAGGUUGGUUUUGGUGAGUGAACUGAGCCUCAGUACCAGCUGGCUGAGGGGACUCUUCUCUUGUUUCAUCUCUUGACAUAGUAGAGCUGUGUGAUGGAAUGUUUUGCGGUCACUUGUUUUUAGAUGGUUGUAAAAUUUGAUGGCUCUUUUUUUCUAUUCGAAUAAGGAGGGGGUAUUGGCCCAAUUCUGCUCUACAUGCGUUAUUUUGAGUUUUUCUUUGCACUUGCAAUACAGUCUUGCAAAACUCUGCAUGCAGUAUUUCGAUUGGAUGUUUGUCCCAUUUGGUAAAUUCAGUAUUAGAGAGCGGACCCCAUACUUCGCUGCCAUAUAGAGCAAUUGGUUCUAUAACUGAUUGGAACAUUUUGAGCCAGAUUCUAAUUGGAAUUUUGAUUUUAAUAUUCCUUUUAAUGGCAUAGAAUGCUCUUCUUUCUUUGUCUCUCAGCUCAUUCACAGCCAUGUGAAAGCUACCUGUGUUGCUGAUAUUUAAUCCUAGAUACGUGUAAUUUUUGGUGUGUUCUAAUAGAACUGUGUCCAAAUAGAAUGUAUAUUUGUCAUCCUGAUUUCCAGACCUUUUUUGGAAUAUCAUUAUAUUCGUUUUUUUUAGAUUAACGGUCAGAGCCCAGGUCUGACAGAACCUGUGCAGAUGAUCUAGAUGCUGCUGUAACCCCUCCUUAGUGGGAGACAGUAGCACCAGGUCAUCUGCGUACAGCAGACACUUGAUUUCAGUGUUGUGUAGGGUGAGACCAGGUGCUGCCGAUUCUUCUAAUGUUUUUGCCAAUUCAUUAAUAGUGUUGGACUUAUUGGGCAGCCCUGUUUCACUCCACGUCCCUGAGAGAAGAAGUCUGUUUGUUUGUUGCCGAUUUUAACCGCACAUUUGUUUUUAGUGUACAUUGAUUUAAUAACAUAAUAUGUUUUCCCUCCAAUACCACUUUCUAUUGUUGAUGUUCAGAAUGGCGCCGGAGAAGAUGGCUGCCGUUUUACAGCCCUCUAACCAAUUGUACUAUUAUGUGUGUUUUUCCGCGUUAUUUGUAAUUUAUUCUGUAAAUAAUGUUUCUGCCAUCGUCUCUUAUAACCAAAAAGAGCUUCUGGAUAUCAGGACAGCGAUUACUCACCUCGUAUUGGACGAAGAUUGUUUCUUCAACAAGUCGGUCGCGAAGGAUAUCCUACAGACACCCGACAAGGCCCAAAUCCCCUGUCAUUCGCAUGAGAAAGAGACAGAGAUAUCGUGGACGUAGGUCGGGGUGCCUUGUAAGGAUCCGACGGCGAGCGAGUAAACUGCCUCUUCCAUCAAUCCUAUUAGCCAAUGUUCAAUCAUUUGAGAAUAAAUUAGAUAACCUAAGAUUACGGUUAACCUACCAACGGGACAUUAAAAACUGUAAUAUCUUAUGUUUCACCGAGUCGUGGCUGAACGACGACAUGGACAACAUACAGCUAGCGGGCUAUACGCUACAUCGGCAGGAUAGAACGGCUGACUCCGGUAAGACAAGGGGUGGCGGUCUGUGUAUAUUUGUAAACAACGGCUGGUGCACAAAAUCAGAUACUAAGUAAGUCUCAAGGUUUUGCUCGCCUGAGGUAGAGUAUCUUAUGAUAAGUUGUAGACCACACUAUUUACCAAGAGAGUUUUCAUCUAUAUUUUUCAUAGCUGUCUAUUUACCACCACAAACCAAUGCUGGCAUUAAGAUUGCACUGAAUGAGCUGUAUAAGGCCAUAAGUGAACAGGAAAAUGCUCAUCUAGAGGCAGCGCUCCUAGUGGCCGGGGACUUUAAUGCAGGGAAACUUAAAUCCGUUCUACCUAAUUUCUACCAGCAUGUUAAAUGUGCAACCAGAGGAAAAAAAACUCUAGACCACCUUUACUCCACACACAGAGACAGAUACAAAGCUCUCCCUCGCCCUCCAUUUGGCAAAUCUGACCAUAACUCUAUCCUCCUGAUUCCUGCUUAUAAGCAAAAACUAAAGCAGGAAGCACCAGUGGUCAGAUGGCGCAGAUGCUAAGCUACAGGACUGUUUUGCUAGCACAGACUGGAACAUGUUCCGGGAUUCUUCAGAUAGCAUUGAGGAGUACACCACAUCAGUCACUGGCUUCAUCAAUAAGUGCAUCGAUGACGUCGUCCCCACAGUGACCGUACGUACAUACCCCAACCAAAAGCCAUGGAUUACAGGCAACAUCCGCACUGAGCUAAAGUGUAGAGCUGCCGCUUUCAAGGAGCGGGACUCUAACCCGGACGCUUAUAAGAAAUCCCACUAUGCCCUCCGACGAACCAUCAAACAGGCAAAGAGUCAAUACAGGACUAAGAUUUAAUCGUACUACACCGGUUCUGACGCUCGUCGGAUGUGGCAGGGCUUGAAAACUAUUACAGACUACAAAGGGAAGCACAGCCGCGAGCUGCCCAGUGACACAAGACUUCCAGACGAGCUAAACCACUUCUAUGCUCGCUUCGAGGCAAGCAACACUGAAGCAUGCAUGAGAGCACCAGCUGUUCCGGAUGACUAUGUGAUCACGCUCUCUGUAGCCAAUGUGAGUAAGACUUUUAAGCAGGUCAACAUUCACAAGGCCGCAGGGCCAGACGGAUUACCAGGAUGUGUACUCCGAGCAUGUGCUGACCAACUGGCAAGUGUCUUCACUGACAUUUUCAACAUGUCCCUGACUGAGUCUGUAAUACCAACAUGUUGGGAUAACCACAUUGUAAAGUGGUUAUCCCACUGCCUAUAAGGUGAAUGCACCAAUUUGUAAGUCGCUCUGGAUAAGAGCGUCUGCUAAAUGACGUAAAUGUAAAUGUAAAUGUGAGUAGGAGGAGAGGAGAUAGCAAAGAGAGCCAGUGACUAUUAGAACAGACCAGAUGUAGUAGUAUCGUAGUAAAGAGAACCAGAUGUAGAAGUAUCGUAGUAAAGAGAACCAGAUGUAGUAGUAUCGUAGUAAAGAGAACCAGAUGUAGUAGUAGAUGCCCAUUUGUCUCCCGAGUGGCGCAGUGGUCUAAGGCACUGCACCGCAGUGCUAGCUGUGCCACUAGAGAUCCUGGUUCGUAUCCAGGCUCUGCUGUAGCCGGCCGCAACCGGGAGACCAAUGGGGCGGCGCACAAUUGGCCCAGCGUCGUCCAGGGUAGGGGAGGGAAUGGCAGGUAGGGAGGUAGCUCAGUUGAUAGAGCAUGGCGUUUGCAACGCCAGGGUUGUGGGUUCGUUUCCCACGGGGGGCCAGUAUGAAAAUAAUAAUGUAUGCACUAACUGUAAGUCGCUCUGGAUAAGAGCGUCAGCUAAAUGACGUAAAUGUAAAUGUAAAUGUUUCAAGCAGACCACCAUAGUCCCCGUGCCCAAGGACACUAAGAUAACCUGCCUAAAUGACUACCGACCCGUAGCACUGACGUCUGUAGCCAUGAAGUAAUUUGAAAGGCUGGUCAUGGCUCACAUCAACACCAUUAUCCCAGAAAUCCUAGACCCACUCCAAUUUGCAUACCGCCCCAACAGAUCCACAGAUGAUGCAAUCUCUAUUGCACUCCACACUGCCCUUUCCCACCUGGACAAGAGGAACACCUACGUGAGAAUGCUAUUAAUUGACUACAGCUCAGCAUUCAACACCAUAGUGCCCUCAAAGCUCAUCACUAAGGUAAGGAUCCUGGGACUAAACACCUCCCUCUGCAACUGGAUCCUGGACUUCCUGACGGGCCGCCCCCAGGUGGUAAGGGUAGGUAACAACACAUCUGCCACACUGAUCUUCAACACGGGGGCCCCUCAGGGGUGCGUGCUCAGUCCCCUCCUGUACUGUCUGUUCACCCAUGACUGCAUGGCCAGGCACGACUCCAACACCAUCAUUAAGUUUGCCGACGACACAACAGUGGUAGGCCUGAUCACCGACAACGAUGAGACAGCCUAUAGGGAGGAGGUCAGAGACCUGGCCGUGUGGUGCCAGGAUAACAACCUCUCCCUCAACGUGACCAAGACAAAGGAGAUGAUUGUGGACUACAGGAUAAAAAAGAGGACAGAGCACGCCCCCAUUCUCAUCGACGGGGCUGUAGUGGAACAGGUUGAGAGCUUCUAGUUCCUUGGUGUCCACAUCACCAACACACCAAGACAGUUGUGAAGAGGGCACGACAAAGCCUAUUCCCCCUCAGGAGACUGAAAAGAUUUGGCAUGGGUCCUCAGAUCCUCAAAAAAUUAUACAGCUGCACCAUCGAGAGCAUCCUGACUGGUUGCAUCACCGCCUGGUAUGGCAACUGCUCGGCCUACGACCGCAAGGCACUACAGAGGGUAGUGCGUACCGCCCAGUACAUCACUGGGGCCAAGCUUCCUGCCAUCCAGGACCUCUAUACCAGGCGGUGUCAGAGGAAGGCCCUCAAAAUUGUCAAAGACUCCAGCCACCCUAGUCAUAGACUGUUCUCUCUGCUACCGCACGGCAAGCGGUACCGGAGUGCCAAUUCUAGGUCCAAAAUACUUCUCAACAGCUUCUACCCCCAAGCCAUAAGACUCCUGAACAGCUAAUCAUGGCUAACCAGACUAUUUGCACUGCCCCCCCACCCCCACCCCAUCUUUUUACGCUGCUGCUACUCUGUUAAUUAUUUUUGCAUAGUCACUUUAACUUUAACAUAUCACCUCAACUACCUCAAAUAGCCAGUGCCCCCGCACAUUGACUCUGCACCGGUACCCCCCUGUAUAUAUAGCCUCCCUACUGUUAUUUUAUUUUACUUCUGCUCUUUUUUUCUCAACACUUUUUUGUUGUUGUUGUUUUAUUUUACUUUUUUAUUAAAAAAAUUAAUGCAUUGUUGGUUAAGGGCUGUAAGUAAGCAUUUCACUGUAAUGUCUACACCUGUUGUAUUCGGCGCAUGUGGCCAAUAAAAUUUGAUUUGAUUUGAUUGGUUUGUAAAAAAGACCUUCGUGCCAAAUUGAAUCAAAUGCUUUCUUGAAGUCUACAAAACUUGACUUGUUUGUCAAUUAGAGUGUGGAGGGUGUAAAUGUGGUCUAUUGUACGAUAAUUUUAAAAAAUCCAAUCUGGUUUCUGCUUAGGACGUUGUAUUCAUCAAGGAAAUGAUGAAGUCUGCUGUUUAUGAUACUGCAGAGAAUUUUCCCCAAGUUGCUGUUAACGCAAAUUCCUCUGUAAUUAUUUGGGUCAAAUUUGUCUCCAUUUUUAUAGAUUGGUGUGAUCAAUCCUUGGUUCCGAAUAUCUGGGAAAAGAUCUGCAGUUAGGAUAAAGUUGAUGAGUUUGAGUAUAGCCAAUUUGAAUUUGUGGUCUGUAUAUUUGAUCAUUUCAUUUAAAAUACCAUCAGCACCACGGGCCUUUUUGGGUUGGAGAGUGCAAAGUUUUUCCAAUAAUUAUUGUUCUGUAAUUGGGGUAUCCACAGGAUUCUGAUAGUCUUUGACUGCUGAUUCAAAACAUUUUUUUAUAUCUUGUUGUUCUGGGCUCUUUGUUAUAUUGCUGUAGAGGUUUGCAAAGUGAUUUCUCCACAUAUCCCCAUUUUGGAUAGCCAAUUCCUCAUUAUGAGGUUUGUUUAAUUUAUUCCAAUUCUCCCAGAAGUGGUUUGAUUCUAUGGAUUCCUCAAUUACAUCCAGCUGAUUUCUAAUGUGCUGUUCCUUUUUUCUUCUUAGGGUGUGUUUGUAUUGCUUCAGUGUUUCCCCAUAUUGAAGGCGUAUAUUUUUGCUGUCUGUGUCUCUGUGUUUUUGAUUAGAUAUAUUUCUCAAUUACUUUCUUAGAUUUUUGCAAUCAUUAUAAACCAUUUCUCAUUAUCUAUUCUUUUUGGUUUGCUCUUAUGUUUCUUUAGAUUAGCCAAGGAGGCUAAUUUGUCAAAUAUAAAGUUCAUGUUCCAAACGGCCAAAUUUACACCUUCAUUGCUGUAGGAGAAUGUUAAGGCUAAAAAGUUGUCCAGGAGAGAUUGUAUUUUUUGGCUACUAAUUGCUUUUUGGUAGAUUUCUGUACUGUUUGCACUCCAUCUAUAGGUCUAUUUAGUACCAUGUAAUUUAUUGGGCCAUGAUGCUUCAUGGUUGGGUUCUGCUCUUCUCAGAUACACUGUGAUUUUACUGUGGUCUGAGAGAGGUGUUAGUGGGCUGACUGUGAAGGCUCUGAGAGACUCUGGGUUGAGGUCGGUGAUGAAUUAGUCUACAGGACUGCUGCCAAGGGAUGAGCUGUAGGUGUACCUACCAAAAGAGUCCCCUCUUAGCCUACCAUUGACUAUGUGCAGACCCAGUGUUCGACAGAGCUCAGGAGCUGUACUCCAUUUUUGUUUUCACUGGGGGGGUAUGUGGGGAGGGAAAGGUUGUUGCUUCCCGGUAGGUGUUUGUCCCCAUGACUGUUAACAGUGUCUAGUUCUUCUGCUGUUAUAACAUUCAGGUCUCCACAGACCAACACAUUGCUUUGGGCCUGAAAGUGACUAAUCUCCCCCUCUAGAAUGGAGAAACUCCCUUCAUUGAAGUAGGGUGACUCUGAAGGGGGAAUGUACAGUUGAAGUCGGAAGUUUACAUACACCUUAGCCAAAUACAUUUAAACUCAGUUUUUCACAAUUCCUGACAUUUAAUCCUAGUAAAAAUUCCCUGUCUUAGGUCAGUUAGGAUCACCACUUUAUUUUAAGAAUGUGAAAUGUCAGAAUAAUAGUAGAGAGAGAUUUAUUUCAGCUUUUAUUUCUUUCAUCACAUUCCCAGUGGGUCAGAAGUUUACAUACACUAAAUUAGUAUUUGGUAGCAUUGCCUUUAAAUUAUUUAACUUGGGUCAAACGUUUCGAGUAGCCUUCCACAAGCUUCCCACAAUAAGUUGGGUAAAUUUUGGCCCAUUCCUCCUGACAGAACUGGUGUAACUGAGUCAGGUUUGUAGGCCUCCUUGCUCGCACACGCUUUUUCAGUUCUGCCCACAAAUCUUCUAUAGGAUUGAGGUCAGGGAUUUGUGAUGGCCACUCCAAUACCUUGACUUUGUUGUCCUUAAGCCAUUUUGCCACAACUUUGGAAGCAUGCUUGGGGUCAUUGUCCAUUUGGAAGACCCAUUUGCGACCAAGCUUUAACUUCUUGACUGAUGUCUUGAGAUGUUGCUUCAAUAUAUCCACAUAAUUUUCCUUCCUCAUGAUGCCAUCUAUUUUGUGAAGUGCACCAGUCCCUCCUGCAGCAAAGCACCCCAACAGCAUGAUACUGCCACCCGCGUGCUUCACGGUUGGGAUGGUGUUCUUCGGCUUGCAAGCUACCCCCUUUUUCCUCCAAACAUAACGAUGGUCAUUAUGGCCAAACAGUUCUAUUUUUGUUUCAUCAGACCAGAGGACAUUUCUCCAAAAAGUACGAUCUUUGUCCCCAUGUGCAGUUGCAAACCAUAGUCUGGCUUUUUUAUGCCGGUUUUGGAGCAGUGGCUUCUUCCUUGCUGAGCGGCCUUUCAGGUUAUGUCGAUAUAGGACUCUUUUUACUGUGGAUAUAGAUACUUUUGUACCUGUUUCCUCCAGCAACUUCACAAGGUCCUUUGCUGUUCUGGGAUUGAUUUGCACUUUUCGCACCAAAGUACGUUCAUCUCUAGGAGACAGAACGCGUCUCCUUCCUGAGUGGUAUGACGGCUGCGUGGUCCCAUGGUGUUUAUACUUGCGGACUAUUGUUUGUACAGAUGAACGUGGUACCUUCAGGCGUUUGGAAAUUGCUCCCAAGGAUGAACCAGACUUGUGGAGGUCUACAAUUUUUUCUGAGGUCUUGGCUGAUUUCUUUUGAUUUUCCCAUGAUGUCAAGCAAAGAGGCACUGAGUUUGAAGGUAGGCCUUGAAAUAGAUCCACAGGUACACCUCCACUUGACUCAAAUGAUGUCAAUUAGCCUAUCAGAAGCUUCUAAAGCCAUGACUUCAUUUUCUGGAAUUUUCCAAGCUGUUGAAAGGCACAGUCAACUUAGUCUAUGUAAACUUCUGAUCCACUGGAAUUGUGAUACAGUGAAUUCUUGUCACGCCCUGACCUAUAGAACUCUUGUUUGUUGAGUUAGGGUUUGGAAAUCUAUGUUAUAUAUUCUAUGUUUAGGUUCUAGUUAUUCUAUUUCUAUGUCUGGCCGGGUAUGAUUCCCAAUCAGAGGCAGCUGUCGCUCAUUGUCUCUGAUUGGGGAUCAUACUUAGGUAGCCCAUUGCCUACUGUGUAUUGUGGGAUCUUGUUCAGUUUAGGCUUGUAUGUGUAUAGCCUGAGGACUUCACGUUACGUUGUUUCUUGUUUUGUUGUAUGUUUAUUGAGUUAAUAAACAUAUACGCUUUUCACGCUGCACCUUGGUCCGACCCGUCUCUUAACGAUCGUGACAGAAGAUCCCACCAAACGAGGACCAAGCAGCGUGGCCAGGAGCAGACAUCCUAGACAUGGGAGGAGAUCCUGGAUGGUAAUGGAUCUUGGACAUGGGAGGAGAUCCAGGCUGGGAUGGAUCGCCGUCCGUGGGAACGGACAGAGGAAGCCCGGGUAGGAGAGGAGCAACGGCGACACCGCCGGCGCCGGCCGAGCAGCCCCAAUAAAAAUGUUUUGGGGGGGCUAAAGGGGCAGUCCGCUCCACCCGGUGGGGUUCCAGUUGGAGUCCCUACGACCAUGGGAACAGGAAUGGGAACAGUUUUACACUGAGGAGUCGGAGGAUGACGACGACGAUGAGUUUCUGUUCCUUAACUCAUGGGGGCUUCCGGAGGAGUCCUCACUGGAGGAGGAUUGGGCGCGGAGAGUAAAGGACUGGUACAGUCGUAGACCUCCAGCGCCGGUUUCCAGUCCGGUAUAUCUCAUGCCUGCUUCUCGCACCAAGCCAGUGGUGCGUGCUCCCGGUCCGGUAAGGUCCGUGCCUGCACCUCGCACCAAACCAGUGGUGCGUGUCGCCAGCCCGGUACGCCACGUACCUGCUCCCCGCACCAGGCCAGUGGUGCGUGUUCCCAGUCCGGUACGGCCCGUACCUGCUCCUCGCACCAAACCAGUGGUGCGUGCUCCCAGUCCGGUAAGGUCUGUGCCUGCACCUCGCACCAAGAUAGUGGUGCGUGUUCCCAGUCUGGUACAGCCCGUGCCUGCUCCCCGCACCAAAUCAGUGGUAUGUGUCUCCAGUCCGGCACGGCCCGUGCCUUCUCCCCGCACCAAACCAGUGGUGCAUGUCUCCAGUCCGGCACGGCCCAUACCGGCUCCUCGCACCAAACCAGUGGUGCGUGCAUCCAGUCCGGUAUGGCCCGUACCUGCUCCUCGCACCAAACCAGUGGUGCGUGCAUCCAGUCCGGUACGGCCCGUACCUGCUCCUCGCACCAAACCAGUGGUGCGUGUCGCCAGCCCGGUACGCCCCGUACCUGCUCCCCGCACCAGGCCAGUGGUGCGUGUUCCCAGUCCGGUACGGCCCGUACCUGCUCCUCGCACCAAACCAGUGGUGCGUGUCACCAGCCCAGUACGCCCCAUACCUGCUCCCCGCACCAGGCCUGUGGUGCGUGUUCCCAGUCCGGCACGGCCCGUUCCUGCUCCUCGCACCAAACCAGUGGUGCGUGUCACCAGCCCGGUACGCCACGUACCUGCUCCCCGCACCAGGCCAGUGGUGCGUGUUCCCAGUCCGGUACGGCCCGUACCUGCUCCUCGCACCAAACCAGUGGUGCGUGCUCCCAGUCCGGUAAGGUCCGUGCCUGCACCUCGCACCAAGAUAGUGGUGCGUGUUCCCAGUCUGGUACAGCCCGUGCCUGCUCCCCGCACCAAAUCAGUGGUAUGUGUCUCCAGUCCGGCACGGCCCGUGCCUUCUCCCCGCACCAAACCAGUGGUGCAUGUCUCCAGUCCGGCACGGCCCAUACCGGCUCCUCGCACCAAACCAGUGGUGCGUGCAUCCAGUCCGGUACGGCCCGUACCUGCUCCUCGCACCAAACCAGUGGUGCGUGCAUCCAGUCCGGUACGGCCCGUACCUGCUCCUCGCACCAAACCAGUGGUGCGUGUCGCCAGCCCGGUACGCCCCGUACCUGCUCCCCGCACCAGGCCAGUGGUGCGUGUUCCCAGUCCGGUAUGGCCCGUUCCUGCUCCUCGCACCAAACCAGUGGUGCGUGUCACCAGCCCGGUACGCCCCAUACCUGCUCCCCGCACCAGGCCUGUGGUGCGUGUUCCCAGUCCGGCACGGCCUGUUCCUGCUCCUCGCACCAGACCUGUGGUGCGUGUCUCCAGUCCGGCCCGGCGCGUUCCUGCUCCUCGCACCAGACCAGUGAUGCGUGUCUCCGCCGGCCCGUUCCACCUGUGCCUGGUCAGCUCCAGCAGCGCUCCACUCCGGGCCGAGCAUCCGCUCCACCGGGGUCCAGUCAGCUCCCGGUCACGGCUGCCCCCGCAGCCAAGCAGUCCGCUCACGGUGCUAGUUCCAGCUCCGGUCAGCGGCUUCCAGAGUCCGCUCCGGCGCUCCGCUCCUCGAGCCAGAGUGCGGCGGACCGUCCACGCCUCCAGCUCAGUCCGCGGCUCCCUCAGAGCAGCUCCCAGGGUCCAGUCCAAUCCGGUCAGCUGCUCCACUCCGGAGUCAGAUCAGUCUGCUCCAACCCGUGCCUAGUCCAGCUCCGGUCAGCGGCUCCACUCCGGAGCCAGAGCAGUCCGCUCCACCGGUGUCCAGUCCAGCUCCGGUCAACAGCUCCACUCCGGAGCCAGAGCAAUCCGCUCCGGUCAGCGGCUCCAUUCCGGAGCCUGUGUAGUCCGCUCCACCGGGAUCCAGUUCAGCUCCGGUCAGCGGCUCUACUCCGGUCCAGAACUCACCCCUCUCCAGGUUCGGGGGUCUCCCACACCAGGGUCCAGACAGGGAUCGGUGCAUCGUGGGAGGACUGAGAGGGGAAGCUCCGCGUUGAGGUCCAGACCGGUCCAGGGGUACAACGCGGAGGCAGCAAGGGAGAAGACGUCACGCCCAAAGCCGGAGCCGCCACCGAAGCGUGAAGCCCACCCGGACCCUCCCCUGUCAUGUCAGGUUUGUGCGGCCGGAGUCCGCACCUUUGGGGGGGGGGGGGGGGGGGGGGGGGGGUACUGUCACGCCCUGACCUAUAGAACUCUUGUUUGUUGAGUUAGGGUGUGGAAAUCUAUGUUAUAUAUUCUAUGUUUAGGUUCUAGUUAUUCUAUGUCUGGCCGGGUAUGAUUCCCAAUCAGAGGCAGCUGUCGCUGGGUGGAGAGGUUGGGAUGCGGUUUAAAGCGACGUCCUUGAGAGUCUUAGCAAGGAUGGGGACUGUCUCCCUGUACAGGUGAACAUGGUCAUAGAGACAGUCCAGAUCGAGGGUGGGCCAGGUGUACAUUGGGUCGCAGGGCACAGUCCCGAGAGAGGCUGGCGUUUAUUCUUUGGAUUGUGGCAGGGUGCAAGUCCUUCCUCUGUAGAAGGGUUGACACCACAAUCCUUGAGUUGGGGAAGAUUGCGGAGGCCUUCUCAAUCACUCCCCGUAGUUAAGUCGCCACCCUCUCCUACUGAGUACUCAAGUCGUUACUUCCGGUGUGUAUGAUUAUGUGGCUUGGCGACCCGAGCUGGGCCUUAUCAAGCAGCGCCAUGGCACUCUGCGUUGUUGGGCACCACACCUUUCUCGUUUUGUGUCUAGGGAAAAGUUUCUUCUCCUGAACAAACUUCCCAUUUGAGUCCAUCAACAGGACAAUCUCAGCCAGUGUUUCUUCUGGACUGGAGGGGUUAGAGUUGGGGCUGGUGGGUGUUGGAGCUGGGGUGUGGCUGAUCUGUGCCGGUGCCGCUGUCAGUGGGAGGCUGUUCUGUGGGCUGAAGGGGAGGCAUGCAGCCGGCAGGGCUGGGGAGGCCUGGCUGGUUGAGGUGGGCUCCUCCUCUCUCUCUCUCUCUCUCUCUCUCUCUCUCUCUCUCUCUCUCUCUCUGUCUCUCUCUGUGUGUGUGUGACUCGCUGAGGUGGACUAGUUCUCUCUAAGGGAGGGAAGAUUCUAAUUUUAGAAUAAUCACUGUCUUUUAGACGAUUUUACGUUGUAAUGGUUGGCCAGGACCAGCUUACUCUAAUUUUUGCAGUGCUGAAGCUUCUCACUCCAGCUGCUGGAGUGGACAGGACAGGCAGAUACAAGUUAAACGCACACAAAUAUGCAGACAAAUACUCAGCCCAGUGUAGAGUUGGGACCUUUGUCUUGAGUAGUUGUGUCAGUGUGUAUUCGAUGUACUUCUGCAUUUUAGAUAAAUGUCAUCCCCUUUCCCACUGAUUAUAUUUGUUAGAAAUGUAUAAUAUUUUUCAAGAUAAAGUGCUGUCAACAUUAAACGUUGUGUGUCUCCUGUGUUAAAGUGGAGAAUCCAUGUCUAGAUAAGAAUGGCGGCUGCCAGCAAGACUGUCUUGUUAAUGGUAGCAAGACCCACUGUGACUGUAGAAAUGGGUACAAGCUGGCAGAGGACAGGAAGAGCUGUGAGGGUAAGAUGUCCGCCUGUUGACUACUGCACUACUGUUCAUACAGGGUCAAUCAUGUCUCUGUAUUUACGUUCUAGAAUAGAUCCGUAUAUACUCUUUGUUUAUCUGUCCCAGAUAUUGAUGAGUGUGAGUCUGAACAGUCGGGUUGUGCUCAUGGCUGCCACAACACCCUGGGCUCCUUCGCCUGUGUGUGUUACACUGCCUACGAGCUGGGAGCAGAUGGACGCCGGUGCUACCGUGAGUUUGGCUCCUAUAAUCAUCAUCAUCUCUUUGCCUAUUUGAAAUAAUCUGAAAUGUACAAAAUGUUUCCAUCAGAAGUAAUCGGAGUGUCAUCUCGUGUUUCUGUGACAGGGAUUGAGAUGGAGAUCGUCAGCAGCUGUGAGAGAAACAACGGAGGCUGCUCCCAUCACUGCCAGCACUCAACUGGCGGCCCUGUCUGCAGCUGUAACCAGGGUUAUCGACUGGAGGAUGACCUCAAGACCUGUGUUGGUCAGUCUACAGACUAACCUUUACCAUUCAGAGAUUAACCUUUACCAUUCAGCUCAGAUCAGUCUAGAGACUAACCUUUACCAUUCAGUCUAGAGACUAACCUUUACCAUUCAGUCUAGAGACUAACCUUUACUAUUCAGUCUAGACUAACCUUUAACAUUCAGUCUAGAGACCAUUCAGCUCAGAUCGGUGUUGGUCAGUCUAGAGACUAAUCUUUACCCUUUAACUCAGGUCAGUUUAACAUGUGCCUGGUUUGUAACAUGUCACAACAUCAUGAUCAUCCCAGUAAUGCUUUUCAUUGUGUGUGUUUUGUUUGGCAGACCUGGACGAGUGUGGAGAGGCAAGCUCAUGCUGCGAGCAGGACUGUACCAACUACCCUGGGGGCUAUGAGUGCUACUGCACAGCGGGCUACCACCUCAACUCAGAUGGAUGUAGCUGUGAUGGUAUGUUCUACCCUUUAUAACCUUAGAAUAGUGAUCUAGUGGGGCACUCAUUAUACAAUAUAACUGUUGAACCUGGAAUGCUUCCAGUUGUACUUAUAAUAUGUGCAUGAUGCUGUAACAUUUUAAUCAUGUUUGUUGAAAAGGCAGUGUAUUCUUUGGUUUUCUGUAUUCAGCUCUAAAUGUGCCAUUUAUAUCAAUUAACAUGGCUGAGGAGCAGUGUUUUUGUAAAGUGACUGGACUCUGGACUGUGUGUGUGUUGUGUAGAUGUGGAUGAGUGUCUGGCGGCUAACGGUGGCUGUGAUCACACAUGCCAGAACACCGCCGGCUCCUUCCAGUGUUUCUGCCGCCAGGGCUUCCGUCUGGACGAGGACCGAAGCUCCUGUGAAUGUGAGUUACACCAAUCAAAUUAAAUGUUGUUGCCUAGGGCCACAGCAGCAUCAUCACGCCCCACGUGGACAUCCUGGUAACCUGUUACUCUCUCUCUCUCUCUCUCUCGCUCUGUGUCUCUGUCUGUCUCUCUCUCUCUCUCUCUCUCUCUCUCUCUCUCUCGCUCUGUGUCUCUGUCUGUCUUUCUCUGUCUCUUUGUCUCUCUCUUACUCUUUCUCUCUGCAGUGCUGGGGAAUACAGUUGAGGCCCUGUCUAGUGGGGGACAGGAUGCUGUGGGGUCUCUGCCUCAGCUCCAGCUCGCCCUGCUGCAGGACUACAACCAGCCCCUGGAGCGCUAUGACGACUAUGAGGAUGAUGACGCUGGAGAGCUGCUGGCUGAGAGCACGCUAGCAGAGAAAUUUGGUGAGCCACUGAACAUGAACACACACACUUUGGGCCUGUAUCUGAUUAGCUCUGUGUCUGAGCAACAGACUUACUAGUUACUAGGCAAUUAAAUACCCCACAGCAGGUGGCAAAUUGGUUAGCCUCAUAUUCUGAGGCUGUUUUUUUACAUAUCUCUAUAGUAAUGGGGAAGCUUAUAGACUGUGGCAGGGGGUAAUGGCAGAGAGCCAUAGGAUCUGUUUUGUGUUGUUCCUUGAUUUAUUCAUGUGAAAACAUUCAUCAGUAUUGUAGUAUUUAUUUUUCUCACCAGGGGUUACUAGGAAGAAUUGAGUUGAAGAUUGGCAAAUCCCUAACCACAAACAGAUAUUUUCUAGAACGUGAUAGUCAGUAAUCUCUUCUGUCCUGUGUGCAGUGUGUCUGAACAACACCUUUGGCCAUGACUGCAGCCUGACCUGUGAGGACUGCUCUAACGGAGGGCUGUGUGGCCAAGGGAGAGAUGGAUGUCACUGUCCCGAUGGAUGGACAGGCCUCAUCUGCAACCAGAGUCAGUAUAUACACACACUGUACACAGACACUGCACUCUCAACACAGUAAAUCAGUAAUCUGAUCAAUCUUAUGUCUGUGUGUUUCUCUGUGGAACAACACGUCUCUGUAUAAUGGAUAAAUAUAUAACGUUUUAUUCUGUUCUAUCCUAACAGCUUGUCCCGAGGGAUCAUUCGGCAGUAACUGCUCGUUCCCCUGUAAGUGUAAGAACGGAGCCACCUGUGACCCUGUCAAUGGGAACUGUCGCUGCCCACCUGGGGUCAGUGGAGACAUGUGCCAGGAUGGUGAGUAACUACUGGUUAACUGAUACUGUACAUACAAAAAACACUAUCAGUUAUUCACACACUAUUGAAACGUUCAGUUGCCUGAUAACAAUAUAUUGUUGUCUGUAGGCUGUCCUAAGGGCUUCUAUGGGAAACAGUGCAAUAAGAAGUGUAACUGUGCCAAUAAUGGGCGCUGCCACCGCACCUACGGAGCCUGUCUGUGUGACCCUGGACUCUACGGGAGGUUCUGCCAUCUAGGUGAGUCACUCACACUGCUGACCCCUCACCUCUCAUCUCUACUUACACUGAAUGUACAAAACAUUAAGAACACCUUCCUAAUAUUGAGUUGCACGCCUCCUUUUGCCCUCUGAACAGCAUCAAUUAAUCGGGGCGUGGACUCUACAAGGUGUCGAAAGUGUUCCACAGGGACGCUGGCCCAUGUUGACUCCAAUGCUUCCCACAGUUGUGUCAAGUUGGCUGGAUGUCCUUUGGGUGUUGGACCAUUUUUGAUACACACUGGAAAUUAUUGAGCGUAAAAAACCCAGCAGCGUUGCACUUCUUGACACAAACCGGUGCGCCUGGCACCUACUAUCAUACCCCAUUCAAAGGCACUUAAAUCUUUUAUCUUGCCCAUUCACCCUCUGAAUGGCACCCAUACACAAUCCAUGUCUUACAGUUUUUCUCAAUUGCUAAAACACUAAACCCUAUUGUCUGAACCAAAUGCUCAGUUGCCUGAACCCACUGAUUGAAUCAAUCACUCUUUUGGCAAAACCAUAAGCACUUUUCACCUGUUUAGACAUAACUUGCCAACACAUUUUCAUUGUGAUGCACCCGUGCUGCAUAAUGGUGAGCACAGGUGACAAAAGUCAAACACAAUUAGAGCACAGGUGUCACCACUUGAACACAACAACUCAAAAUUGAUCACACUUGUGGCUAAUGAUGUGAGGGAACAUAUACAGUAAGCCAGUUCAGAGAGCACUGGUUUGUGAGGCCCUACAAUGGAUAGAAAUCUGAGAGGAAGAGUUCGUGUGAGAGGAGGUCGAGGUGGUCGAGGUGGUCAGCGAAGACAAAGAACAGUAAUAUCUGAUGAAAUCAGAGCUACUGUGAUUGACCAUGUUCUUGUCCAUGGUAUGAGCAUGAGGGAGGCUGGACAAAGGGUACAACCAAACAUCAGUAGAUUCACUGUGUCCACCAUAAUCCGAAGAUUUAGAGAAGAGAACAGGUAAUUACCUUUUUUUGACAUUAUAGUACAGUAUGUAAAUGUUGACAGCAAUUACUGUAUGACAUACUAUAUACUGUACCACAGUAUACUGUAAGUAAAUAUAUGUUUCAGUACAUCACUGUACCAAUGUACUGUAGUAUUGUAAUGGAGGGUUGGUCUAACUGUUUGUAGGCCUAGUAUUCCAUGUAUAUUUUUUGUAACUCCAUGUUCUCUUUUUGUAGAAUUGAAAGACUGCCACAUGGGGGUGGGAGGACAGGUAUGUUCUCCCCACACCAAGAGACCCUAAUUGUUGAUAUGGUCCGUGAGAACAAUGCCAUUAAACUGAGCGAAAUUCAGCAGAAGAUCAUUGAGGACCAUUUAAAUUUUGAGGGUAUCAACAGUGUCAGCCUCUCUACUGUUGAUCGUGUCCUCAAGCGCAACAGACUGCGCAUGAAACAGCUAUACAGAGUGCCCUUUGAUCGCAACUCAGACAGAGUCAAAGAGCAAAGAUUCCAGUAUGUACAGGUUGGCAUAUAUCCAGACACAUUCAAUGUUGAUUACUCUAAGUAGUGAUUUACUGUAGUGGCCUAAAUCACUUUUUCCGUAUCACUUACAAAACUAUAUAUAUUUCUACAGAGGGUUUUUUAACUGGAUGCAAUGGAAAGACCCCAUCAAUACAUCUACAUGGAUGAAGCUGGGUUUAAUCUCACCAAAAGGAGAAGGAGAGGCCGUAAUGUGAUUGGCCAUCGGGCCAUUGUUGGUGUUCCUGGGCAGCGUGGUGGCAAUGUCACAUUAUGUGCUGCCAUCAGCAAUCAUGGGGUUGUCCACCAUCAUGCCAACCUGGGGCCCUACAACACUCACCAGCUCCUCAUUUUCCUCAAUCACAUGCGAGAUGCUUUGUUAGGGCAGCAGGAUGAGCAUCCCAUCUAUGUUGUUGUUUGGGACAAUGUGAGUUUUCACAGAGCCCUCCAGGUUAGAGAGUGGUACAAUAUGAACCAAGGUUUUAUCAAUCUUUGCCUUCCACCGUACUCCCCUUUCCUAAACCCCAUUGAGGAAUUAUUCUCCUCAUGGCGGUGGAAGGUAUAUGGACGCCAACCUUACACCAGGGUAAAUCUCCUGCAAGCCAUGGGACUUGCCUGUGGUGACAUAGGUGUGGAGGCAUGCCAAGCCUGGAUACGGCAUGCCAGGGUUUUUUUCCCCCGUUGCCUGGCCAGACAAAAUGUGGCCUGUGAUGUGGAUGAAGUCCUGUGGCCUGACCCAGUACGGAGACAUGAUGCUGUGGCUGAGUAAUGCACUUAUUUGUAUAUUUUUGUACUUUAUUUUUACAUGGGCUUACUGUACACAAGUGGCAAACGCAUAAGAUUUCUGUUUGUUUUUACAAGUGCUACAUGUAAAUGCACAAGAUUUCUGUUUUGUCUUUUUGUACAAGUGCUAAAUGCACAGUUUUUUUUUGUUUUGCAACAUGCAUUUAGCCUACAGUGAACAAUAAACAUUUAUUUCUCCAGCUUCAUGUCCUGAGCAUUGUGUUUUCUAUUUUUCUACGUAGUGUUUAGUGACUGUUCAGUAGUGUUUUUUAUUUUGAUUGACUCGGGGCACGAUUUGACAACAUAGUUCAGUUUUGAGCACAGAUUGAACUGUUUUGAGGUGAAAGUUUGGUUUUGCAAGAAGAGUCUGAGGUUUUGUGAAUGUAGCUUGAAAAUUGGGUUUUGUGUUCACAGUUAAGAGAAAAGGAGAGCAGCUUUCAAGAAAUGUGUCUUAGCAAUCGAGAAAAACUGUAAUUGUCUCAAGGCUUAAAAAUCCUUCUUUAACCUGUUCUUCACACUGAUUGAAGUGGAUUGAACAAGUAACAUCAAUAAGAGAUCAUCGCUUUCACCUGGAUUAACCUGGUCAGUCUAUGUCAUAGAAAUAUAACAUUCAGUUCUUAUUCAAUAUUCUUCAUGUUAUCUCCCUCCUUCCCUAUCCAGCAUGUCCCAAGUGGGCCUUUGGACCAGGCUGUUCAGAGGAGUGUCAGUGUGUCCAACAGAACACUCUGGAGUGUCACCGUCGCCACGGCACCUGCGUCUGCAAGCCUGGUUGGCUAGGCAACGCAUGCAGAGAAGGUCAGUGCCAGGCAGAAAGUUCUUGUCAUCUUCCGACAUCACACACUGUACUGUAGCUGUAGAUGCAGCCCUUUUGUAGGGAUAUAUGUGUUUAACUUUCCUCUCCUCUGCCCCCUCCUCAGAGUGUGACCCAGGCACGUUUGGCCCAGGCUGUGAGAACAAGUGUGAGUGCCCGCCAAGAGUGUCUUGUGAUCAUGUGACUGGGCAGUGCCAACGUUUGUGCCCGGCUGGUCGCCGUGGAGACAACUGUGAUCAAGGUAGGUUGUCCUGUUGGUCAUAUGGGAGGGGCAUAAUGCUUUGACAUCAUGGAGUCAGUAUGUAGGAAUACCAUAUGCUGCCUCUCUUAGUAAGGCUACCAUUGUCUCUCCGUCCUCUCCUUUAGACUGUCCAGAGGGGAGGUUUGGGCCAAGCUGCACUCAGGCCUGUGACUGCUCAGGGGCCCCAUGUGACAGAGUGAGUGGCCAAUGCCAGUGUCCUGCAGGAACAUCAGGAAAACGCUGUGAGAAUGGUAAGAGAACAAUCAGAUCAUUAAGUUUAGAUUAUUUGAUAAUGUCACCCGACAACUAUCUCAAAACACUGUGAUAUAUUGAUGAUGAUGCUAACUCUUUAUUUGUGCUAUAGUGUGUGUGGAGGGCUUCUGGGGUGUGGGCUGCCGUGAGGCCUGUCCAGCCUGUGAGAAUGGAGGAGUGUGUGACAAACACAACGGGACGUGUUCCUGUCCUCCUGGGUACAUGGACAGGCUCUGUCAGAACUGUGAGUAUGAGUGAGUCAAUGGAAAAACUGUGAUCAAAGGUUCUUGUGGUAGUUGGGGUUUAAUUUUAGAAAGAGAUGUUAAAAGAUAGAGCUUUGUUGUGGGUCAUUAAAACAUCAACCACACCACAUUCCCCUCUGUCUGAGGCACAGACAGGUCAUAAAUACUGUUUUCAUCAGGCGUGUUUUCACAGCAAAGGAAAAUGUUAUUCCUGUGUAACCAGUGGUUUUCUUGUUAAAUGCCUUCUGAUGCUUGCAUGUCAUUUCAGCCAGUGUCAUGGGAACUUACCGUACGGUAUUUCAAUAUGUGUGUUCACAGUAUGUAGAGUGUGUGUGACUCUUUGGCUCACAGUGCUUUAUCAUACAGUAUGUUUGUGUGUGCUGUAGCAUGUCCGACAGGAUGGUUUGGUGUUGGAUGCCAGCUGCGCUGCAUGUGUGAAAACAGCGGGCGCUGCCACCCUGCCACGGGCCGUUGUACCUGUGCCCCUGGCUGGGCUGGACACAACUGCAGGAAAGGUAAAGUGGGUGUGGCAUUGAACAGUCUCGAAUGAAUACAAAUAAAUAAAUAAAUAUAGUUUACUCUCACUGAAUCUAAACUGUUCCAUUAAAAUGUCUCCUGUUUUUUUGUUUCCAUGGCAGCCUGUGACGCCGGGCAAUGGGGGGUGGACUGUGCUGAGAAAUGUGACUGUAAGGAUAGUGACGGGAGCUGUGACGCGGUGACGGGCCAGUGUAACUGUGAGGCCGGCUACACAGGGACACAAUGCCAUGACAGUAUGUGUGUGAGAGAGUCCUCAACCAAAAUAUCUGAUAUCAGGUGUUUGUGGGUUGUUUCCUUAUUCUGCUACUGUUCUGUUUCAGUACUAUCUCAGAGCACGCACCUAUCACUCCAUCCUGUACUUGUGUUAAUCUGUGUCUCAGAGUGUCCAGUGGGCUCUUUUGGGCUAGGCUGUAGGCAUCACUGUCAGUGUGACAACAAGGGGACAUGUGACCAUGUGAGCGGAGCCUGCACCUGUCUGGUGGGCUGGACUGGAACCUUCUGUGAGAAACGUAAGAGAACCUCCCAAAACCUCUCUAAACCUUAUCCAGAACCCAAACUAUAAAUCGUAUCCAUAGACUGAACUGUAUCUGUAAUUCAGUACAAUUAACCUAUAGGAAUCAUUGAGUUAUUAACAUUGUGGAUGGAUAUGCUUUAUUGUUUGCUGAGAAGUAAAGUGUGUGUGUUUUAGCCUGUCCCCAGGGCUUCUAUGGGUUGGACUGCCAGGAGAAGUGUGUGUGUCUGAACGGAGGUCACUGCAACCAUGUCACUGGGGUGUGUGUGUGUCCUGCUGGUUGGAUUGGUCCUACCUGCAACCUGAGUUAGUAUUGGACAUCCCAUACUUCAGACAGCAUGUACAAUAUAAAACAUUUCAUAUCAGAUAUGUAAUACCAAUGUGUGUUUAGCAUUGAAGUGAUUGAUGAUUGAUUCUUUAGAAGUAAAGAAUGUCUUAUAUUUUCCUUGCAGCAUGCCAGGCUGGUUUCUAUGGGGAGGGCUGUAACCAAACCUGUGGUUGCCAUAACAAUGGUAGCUGCCACCCGGCGAGUGGGCAGUGUGUGUGUACACCCGGCUGGACAGGGCCAAGCUGCUUACAGGGUGAGUGUGGACUGGGAGAAUAGGAGCAGAUCACUACUCCUAUCUUGCUAUGCACAAUACAUUGUGUCCUGUAAAGAAACAAUGUGUGGGGCUAUAAAGUAGUGACCAGGGGUCUACCAUUUUUUCCCCCUAGAAUGCCCAGUAGGCUUCUAUGGAGCAGACUGCCGCCAGCGUUGCCUGUGCCAGAAUGGAGCCACGUGUGACCAAAUCAGUGGGCAGUGUAUGUGUGCCAACGGGUGGAUGGGCACAGCCUGUGAGCUAGGUGAGUGGUACUGAAACAGCCAUAGAGUCACCAUGACCCUAAGUGACCACACUCAUGCCUUACUACCAUAUAAUAUCAUGUUCUGUAGCUGUUGACCUAAAGCAUUUAUCCAAUCAGGAUAAUUGUUCCCCAUUCAGUACCAGUCAGCUACUAGAAAUGCAGGCUAUGGAAAACCAUUAAGGCUCUGGCUGGAGUAGUCUGGACAGACAUGCCUAAGAAUAAUAUUACCUGAAAUGGUAGAAACCAUUUAGAACAUUGGCCCUGUGGUUUGUUUUACUGUAUUCAGGUAACAAAUUAGUCUCCGUCCUAAUUUGCCCUGGCUUAGCUAAUUUGUUUUUGCCUGGUGCUGUUCCCUGGCAGUGUGUGUGAGAGAGCCGCAAGCUCCUCGGACUGCAGACAGUCUGCUAGACCCCACAGUCUUCUGUCUGCCCUGUAAACAUCUCACUCUAGACCUAACGCAGAGGCUCCACUUCACCACCCUACUCUACAUCACACACUAUCCUCCCACAAUUGGUUGUCCAUGCCACACUCAGCCCCAGCCCCCUUAUUCCACUCCAGGCACAGGAAACCUCUAAUGCUGCUGCUGGUGCUGUGUUACCUAGCAACUCCACUCUGUGGUUAGUUACCACCUCCUAGUGCCAACUUUCUGCUAGGUCAAACCACAAGGUUUGGAGAAGGUAUUGCUGUCCUCAGCAGAAACACUAUAGGUUUCCAUGUUAGCCUGUGGUUGGUUUCACUGCUCUGAUGUGAUGUCCUUGUGUUCUCUCCUGCCAUGUCUCUGUGGGUUGGUGUGUGGACGCUACAGAGUGUGGAGCGGGGCGGUUUGGGGCCGACUGCCAGCAGCAGUGUCAGUGUGAGAACGGGGGACAGUGUGACAGACAGAUGGGCAAGUGCAACUGUCGUCCUGGCUGGGUCGGAAAGCGCUGUGAAAAAGGUGAGAGAGAGACAGAGAAGCGGACAUUUACUGUCUUUGUGAUCAUCAAUGUUGGGUGCAGUGAACACAGCACCCUCUUGUGAGUGAAUGUUCUUAUCACAUCCAGUCUCUGAGUUCCUCCUCUCUCCUUUCCUCCCCCUCAGCCUGUGGGUCGGGCCUGUUUGGAGCUGGCUGUGAGGAGAGCUGUCAGUGUGAGCAUGAAGCCCCCUGUCACCACGUCACCGGGCACUGCCUCUGUCCACCAGGUUGGAGGGGAACCCUUUGUGACAAAGGUAGCAUAGUUUUAAUGAUAACAACUUUUUAUACUGUCAUAGCCUGUUGCACACUGGUUAUCCCUGAUAUAUGAUUUUUACCUUUUCACCUCCAGCCUGUCUACCUGGCACCCAUGGCAAGGGCUGUGUGCAACACUGCACCUGUCCCCAGGGUACUUCCUGUCACCAUGUCUCUGGGGAGUGUGGCUGUCCCGCUGGAUUCACUGGCAAUGGCUGUGAACAGUGUGAGUACUGUACUACCCUCUCAGCUCUUCUCCUCUCCGUCAAUCUGCACUUUCAGCUGUAAUGUCUCCUUUUUCAUGUUGCUUACCUCUGUCUGUCUGUCUGUUUACCCCACCAGCCUGUCUGUCAGGGACAUAUGGGCUCAACUGUAACCAGGUGUGCCAGUGUUCUGAGACCAACCAGCUCUGCCACCCAGUGACUGGGUUGUGUUACUGCGCCCCAGGCUUCCAGGGUCCUAAAUGUAACCAGGGUAUGUAUUGUACACUAUCACCCUCUGCUGCUACCAACUCAAAAGGCCUUGUGGUUAGAGUGUCCACCCUGAGAUUGGAAGGUUGGGAGUUCGAUCCCCGGCCGAGUCACAGGCUGAGGGGGAGGAAAGGAGAGAGGAGGAACUCAGAGACUGGAUGUGAUAAGACUGUAAAAAUGGGACCUGAUGCAUUUCUGCUUGGCACUAGGCAUUAAGGAGCUAGAUUGCGGGUAAGGCCCUGCGAUAGACUAGCGUCCUGUCCAGAGGGUGUACUUGUACAUCAAGUUGCCUCAUGCUACAGAAACAGGAGAUAGGCUCCUGCUCCUAUGAGUUGUUCUGGCUCACACACACCAAGGCUUGUGCACUUACUUACUUUACCCUCUGUUGGUAAUGACACCUUCAUAACAUUCCAUAGGGGAUGUCAUUGCUCUAGGGAUUAUUAUUAUUAUUAUUUUAUCUUAUAGCGUGUUAAAAGAUUUCUGGUCAAAUGCUUUGUUUUGGUUCCUAGGGUGUGUGGAAGGUCGGUAUGGUCCCAACUGCGAGCGAGAGUGCCGGUGUCAAAACGGUGGGAAGUGCAGCUCCACCACUGGCACCUGUGAAUGUACAGCAGGGUUCAUCGGAGCACACUGCAACAUCAGUGAGUUCACACUCAUCUUUUUAUAUCACUUAAUAUACAGUGAGGGAAAAAAGUAUUUGAUCCCCUGCUGAUUUUGUAUGUUUGCCCACUGACAAAGAAAUGAUCAGUCUAUAAUUUUAAUGGUAGGUUUAUUUUAAUAGUGAGAGACAGAAUAACAACAAAAAAAUCCAGAAAAACGCAUGUCAAAAAUGUUAUAAAUUGAUUUGCAUUUUAAUGAGGGAAAUAAGUACACUGCUCAAAAAAAUAAAGGGAACACUAAAAUAACACAUCCUAGAUCUGAAUGAAUGAAAUAAUCUUAUUAAAUACUUUUUUCUUUACAUAGUUGAAUGUGCUGACAACAAAAUCACACAAAAAUUAUCAAUGGAAAUCAAAUGUAUCAACCCAUGGAGGUCUGGAUUUGGAGUCACCCUCAAAAUUAAAGUGGAAAACCACACUACAGGCUGAUCCAACUUUGAUGUAAUGUCCUUAAAACAAGUCAAAUGAGGCUCAGUAGUGUGUGUGGCCUCCACGUGCCUGUAUGACCUCCCUACAAUGCCUGGGCAUGCUCCUGAUGAGGUGGCGGAUGUUCUCCUGAGGGAUCUCCUCCCAGACCUGGACUAAAGCAUCCGCCAACUCCUGGACAGUCGGUGGUGCAACGUGGCGUUGGUGGAUGGAGCGAGACAUGAUGUCCCAGAUGUGCUCAAUUGGAUUCAGGUCUGGGGAACGGGCGGGCCAGUCCAUAGCAUCAAUGCCUUCCUCUUGCAGGAACUGCUGACACACUCCAGCCACAUGCGGUCUAGCAUUGUCUUGCAUUAGGAGGAACCCAGGGCCAACCGCACCAGCAUAUGGUCUCACAAGGGGUCUGAGGAUCUCAUCUCGGUACCUAAUGGCAGUCAGGCUACCUCUGGCGAGCACAUGGAGGGCUGUGCGGUCCCCCCAAAGAAAUGCCACCCCACACCAUGACUGACCCACCGCCAAACCGGUCAUGCUGGAGGAUGUUGCAGGCAGCAGAACGUUCUCCACGGCGUCUCCAGACUCUGUCACGUCUGUCACAUGUGCUCAGUGUGAACCUGCUUUCAUCUGUGAAGAGCACAGGGCGCCAGUGGCGAAUUUGCCAAUCUUGGUGUUCUCUGGCAAAUGCCAAACGUCCUGCACGGUGUUGGGCUGUAAGCACAACCCCCACCUGUGGACUACCCUCAUGGAGUCUGUUUCUGACCGUUUGAGCAGACACAUGCACAUUUGUGGCCUGCUGGAGGUCAUUUUGCAGGGCUCUGGCAGUGCUCCUCCUGCUCCUCCUUGCACAAAGGCGGAGGUAGCAGUCCUGCUGCUGGGUUGUUGCCCUCCUACGGCCUCCUCCACGUCUCCUGAUGUACUGGCCUGUCUCCUGGUAGCGCCUCCAUGCUCUGGACACUACGCUGAUAGACACAGCAAACCUUCUUGCCACAGCUCGCAUUGAUGUGCCAUCCUGGAUGAGCUGCACUACCUGAGCCACUUGUGUGGGUUGUAGACUCCGUCUCAUGCUACCACUAGAGUGAAAGCACCGCCAGCAUUCAAAAGUGACCAAAACAUCAGCCAGGAAGCAUAGGAACUGAGAAGUGGUCUGUGGUCACCACCUGCAAAACCAGUCCUUUAUUGGGGGUGUCUUGCUAAUUGCCUAUGAUUUCCACCUGUUGUCUAUUCCAUUUGCACAACAGCAUGUGAAAUGUAUUGUCAAUCAGUGUUGCUUCCUAAGUGGACAGUUUGAUUUCACAGAAGUGUGAUUAACUUGGAGUUACAUUGUGUUGUUUAAGUGUUCCCUUUCUUUUUUUUUAGCAGUGUAUUUGACCCCCUCUCAAUCAGAAAGAUUUCUGGCUCCCAUGUGUCUUUUAUACAGGUAACGAGCUGAGAUUAAGAGCACACUCUUAAAGGGAGUGCUCCUAAUCUCAGCUUGUUACCUGUAUAAAAGACACCUGUCCACAGAAGCAAUCAAUCAAUCAGAUUCCAAACUCUCCACCAUGGCCAAGACCAAAGAGCUCUCCAAGGAUGUCAGGGACAAGAUUGUAGACCUACACAAGGCUGGAAUGGGCUACAAGACCAUUGCCAAGCAGCUUGGUGAGUAGGUGACAACAGUUGGUGCGAUUAUUCGCAAAUGGAAGAAACACAAAAUAACUGUCAAUCUCCCUCGGCCUGGGGCUCCAUGCAAGAUCUCACCUCGUGGAGUUGCAAUGAUCAUGAGAACGGUGAGGAAUCAGCCCAGAACUACACGGGAGGAUCUUGUCAAUGAUCUCAAGGCAGCUGGGACCAUAGUCACCAGGAAAAACAAUUGGUAACACACUAUGCCGUGAAGGACUGAAAUCCUGCAGCGCCCGCAAGGUCCCCCUGCUCAAAAAAGCACAUAUACAGGGCCGUCUGAAGUUUGCCAAUGAACAUCUGAAUGAUUCAGAGAACUGUGUGAAAGUGUUGUGGUCAGAUGAGACCAAAAUCGAGCUCUUUGGCAUCAACUCAACUCGCCGUGUUUGGAGGAGGAGGAAUGCUGCCUAUGACCCCAAGAACACCAUCCCCACCGUCAAACAUGGAGGUGGAAACAUUAUGCUUUGGGGGUGUUUUUCUGCUAAGGGGACAGGACAACUUCACCGCAUCAAAGGGACGAUGGACGGGGCCAUGUGCCGUCAAAUCCUGGGUGAGAACCUCCUUCCCUCAGCCAGGGCCCUGAAAAUGGGUCGUGGAUGGGUAUUCCAGCAUGACAAUGACCCAAAACACACGGCCAAGGCAACAAAGGAGUGGCUCAAGAAGAAGCACAUUAAGGUCCUGGAGUGGCCUUGCCAGUCUCCAGACCUUAAUCCCAUAGAAAAUCUGUGGAGGGAGCUAAAGGUUCGAGUUGCCAAACGUCAGCCUCGAAACCUUAAUGACUUGGAGAAGAUCUGCAAAGAGGAGUGGGAAAAAAUCCCUCCUGAGAUGUGUGCAAACCUGGUGGCCAACUACAAGAAACUUCUGACCUCUGUGAUUGCCAACAAGGGUUUUGCCACCAAGUACUAAAUCAUGUUUUGCAGAGAGGUCAAAUACUUAUUUCCCUCAUUAAAAUGCAAAUCAAUUUAUAAAAUUUUUGACAUGCGUUUUUCUGGAUUUUUUUGUUGUUAUUCUGUCUCUCACUGUUCAAAUAAACCUACCAUUAAAAUUAUAGACUGAUCAUGUCUUUGUCAGUGGGCAAACGUACACAAUCAGCAGGGGAUCAAAUACGUUUUUCCCUCACUGUAUAUGCUGUAACUCUCACAACAAUCAUAGCAUCUGCAGUAACACUAUAUGGUCCCAAAUGCCCUGUACCCUUUUUACAGCAUGCCCAGCGGGACGUUAUGGGCAGGAAUGUGCCCGCGUGGUGCUGUGUGGAGAGGGGGCACAGAAUGACCCUGUCACUGGUAGAUGUCAUUGCAGCCCUGGACGAAGAGGAGAGGACUGUGGACAAGGUAGGGUUCCUACUGAAUCCAGUUCAACAGAUCACUGUGUGGAAUUAUUUUUACAACACAAAUAUGAUUGUUUGCGUCUCUGUCUGUCUAUAAGGUAAAGAGAUUUGUGUGUGUUUGUAAUGUAUAAUUUCUGUGUAUUGGCAGGCUGUGCUCCUGGAUGGUUUGGAGGGGACUGUGCUCAGCGCUGUAACUGCAGUAACGGAGGACUGUGUGACUCUGUGUCUGGAAACUGUACCUGUGGUCUGGGCUGGACCGGGCCUCACUGUGAUACAGGUGAGCGAUACUGUACAGUAAGUACACCUAUGCAAAAUCAUAAGAAAUGGCUAACUCCCAGUGCCGGAUUUCAUCCAGGAGAAGAGAUGGGUUUUACUGCUGUCUCACUGUGUCUGUCUGUCUGCUUGUGUGAUAGAAUGUCCUCCGGGGACGUUUGGAGCUAGCUGCCAGCUGAAGUGUGACUGCCGGAACAACGGAACCUGUGACAGGUUGACAGGAACCUGCCUGUGUAUCCCGGGAUACUACGGACAUCAGUGUGAAAAUGGUGAGUGACACACACGUCAGCACUCAGUCAGAACAGUGAAAGACACUGGCAUUGCAUACUCUAUCUAAAGUGUCCUGUCCCUGUCCUCAGCGUGCCCCCCUGGUCUCCAUGGCCCUCUGUGCCAGCUCCAGUGUGACUGUCUGAACGGGGCGUCCUGCCAUCCCUCCACAGGCCUUUGUGUGUGUCCUCCUGGGUACCACAGCUCCCGCUGUCACAGAGGUGAGACAUCUGCCACAUAACUGACCUCAUACUAUCUAUGAUGAACUACCAAUUGCAGGAUCUAUAGAAGAAAGAGUCUGUUUUAUGCAUUAUGAAACGUAUCGACCAGACUAACUCUAAGUAUGUUGUUGCUCUCCAUCUCUCUCCACCAUGUCAACUUUCAGAGUGUCACCAGGGCAGGUUUGGUGUGAACUGUGCCAAGUCAUGUGACUGUGUGGAGGGCACGCCCUGUGACCCUGUGAAUGGCAGGUGUCUGUGCACCUCAGGGAAGACUGGACCCAGGUGUGACAUUGGUAAGAGUCAGUAAUACUGUAUGCUUAAUUAGAAGCAUUCAGUAAUUUCUAUGUGAUGGUAUUACCGCAAAUGCCAACCCAAUAUUCCCAAUCUGAGCCUAUUUCCAAUUAUAUUCUGGUGUCUGUCUUACCUGCAUGUUUGUAUAUUGUCAGACUGCAAAGCAAACCGCUAUGGACCAGACUGCACAGAGAGGUGUGAGUGUGACAACGGGGCUUACUGUGACCAUCGGAACGGACGCUGCACCUGUCUCAACAGCUGGAUCGGACUCACCUGUCAGGAAGGUAAUAGUGACUCACCAACACACACACCACACUUCCUUCAUGGUACAGGACUGGGUAUAAUCAAGCUGGACUGGAGAGAAAAGUUGACUAGAACUGACAGGUUUAUAAUGAACAACUUGUUUUAGUGCUGAUAAUUGGUUUUGUCUGUAGUGAAAUUGCACAGAAUUGUUGAGGUUGCAUUUCUCCUCCGUUAGUGAUGGUGGUUGUGUUGCUGUUUGUCUAUAAUGAAUGUGUCCUGUGUGCUGAGAUACAGAGUAAACUGACAGCUCCUCUCACUGUGUGUAUCCUGUCCUCAGGUGGGCCUCCACGCCUCCCCUACAGAAGCAGGAGGGAGGAUAAAUCACAUCUGGACAAUAACGCGUUAUAGCACCCUCUUUUGGUUGGAGGCUCCAAUCCCCUCAACAAGCCUUCGACUGUAAGAGGCUGAGGUAGUAGCACAAGCUUCACUGAAGCCGAACUGAAGUGGAUUAAAAGUGUGGAUAUUAUUUCAGACAUACACACCCCAACAGGAAAGGAUACUGCUGCGCCCAAGUAGCUGGAUGACAGACAUAGAGAAAUAGACUCUAAGGAGAAAUGUACUCUGUGUUUGCUCUGGGGUGGACAAUGCUUUGGUGUGCGUGCGUAUCUGUGUUUUGAACUGUGCAGGGCUUUUUAUUGUGUGUGUAGUGUAUAUGUACAGCUCCCACGCAGGCAUGGCCUGACUCAUCAGUGAUGAGGUACUGGAUGUUGUGACCUCCUUUCUGGUAGUUAGAGGGAGGUCGGAGGACAGGGGUUACCAGGACUA